UCAUGACCAUCUCGUUGCUCCCUACUUAGCCAUAUUUUGCAUCCUCUUCAGAGCUGUCCGGUAUCCUUUCUCCUCAAUCAGAUCUCCUUUGUAUAGCCAGUCUCAUCAUCGUCACUCGUCACUCAUCUGCUCCUCAGUCUGUCAUCAUGGCGCCUCCUUCCUCACGUACAUCGCUCACCGUCUUCGGAGCUACGGGGUUCACCGCCCGCUUCAUCAUCCAAACCAUCGUCGAGCAGGCACCGUCCAUCCUGCGUGAGGACCCAAACUUCACAUGGUCGAUCGCUGGGAGGAAGAAGGAAAGUCUAGACAAGAUCGUAGCUGGACUUCAGGGAAAGGUGUCUUCGUCAUUCCUACCCAAGGCGGUAGUGGCCGAUGUCAAGGAUCAGAUUAGCCUACAGAGGAUGGCCGAGGGAACGCAGUUGGUGAUGAACUGCGUUGGCCCUUACGCCUUUCUUGGAGAGCCUGUCAUCAAGGCGGUUCUCAGCGCCAGUGAAUCUUUGCGGUCGUCGGACGAGGCGCCGACGGACUACAUUGAUCUAUGCGGAGAGCCAGCUUGGAUCGAGGAGAUGGUGCUGCGCUACCAGGAGCGAGCAUCUCGGCUGGGAUGCUCCAUCAUUCAUGCUGCUGCCUUCGACUCGGUCCCCUCUGACCUUGGUCUGCUUUACCUGAAGCAGCAACUGAUUCGCAAGGGUGCUACUCCUACUAGCGCUGAGGUGUUCGUCAGACUCAGGGCCGCUCCACAGGCCGGCAUGGGCAUUCACUACGCUACCUAUGAAGCUGCAGUCAAUGGCUUUUCCACGCGUAAGCAGCUCGGAGCUGUGAGGAAGCAGCUGUACAGCAAGCUGCCAAAGGUCAAGCCGAGUCCCGUCGAGCAGGGACUUGGUAGUGGUCUGCCCUCCCGGAAGGGUAGUCUAGGAGGCAUGAUCAAUUAUGUCGAGGAGCAAGGUGUCUACGUGAUACCGUUCUUCUUUGCCGACCCCUCCAUUGUGCGUCUGGGGCAGAGCCUUGACGCUCACCACUCCAACGGCGUUCCUCCAGUGCAAUUUGCAUUCUGGAUUGCUAUCCCAAGCCUACCCAUGCUCCUUCUGACAAUCACUGCGCUAACUUUAUUCGGUCUGAUGGCCAGCUUCUCGCUCGGUAAGUCUCUCUUGUUGAAGUACCCAAGGGUGUUCAGCGCUGGCACGGUCAGUCACGAGGGCCCCUCGCAGGCGCAACUGGACGGAUCAAGCUUCACAACCACUCUCAUCGGCAGAGGUUACUCCGAGAACGCUGUCAAGGACAAGGCCAGCGGGCCCGACGUCAAGUCCAUCGUGCGCGUCUCCGGCCCCGAAGUAGGUUAUGUCGCUACACCGAUCAUCUUCGUGGGCGUUGCCAGAACUAUUCUUCGAGAGAGAGAACGCGUGCUCAAUGGAACACUCACUCCGGCCACGGCGCUCGGACAGACGGGGUUAGUGGACAAAUUGAAUGCAGAGGGCAAGGUCAGUUUCUCCGUUGUAGAGUAAGGCCGCUUGGUAGUGUCCUUCUGCACUCCUGCAGCGCACUCAUGUACCCGAUCGAAGGGCGGCCAUAUCUAUCUCCGUCGCAAUCUCCACUUCGCGCCCGAUGUGUGAACC